AUGGCCUCUUCUCUGCCUACUCUACCCCGCAUAGUGUUCACGAUCAUCGAGCCGAUUUCCCUGGUCGCUGGAUUUUUGGGUCCUCUUGUCUCGCCGCAGUUCUUUGCAGCUUCGCAGCUGGCCACCACCAAAGCUGCUGCUGAAGCUCAUGAGUUGACCGCGACCGAGCACAUCCUGGCCCUUCAGCUUGGAAACGCUUACCUCUUGCUUGGAUUCCUAGGCGUGUUCAUACUCAACACGACACUGGACCUUCCUACUGUGAGAGCGUACCUGGCUGCGCUGUGGCUGGGAGACAUCGGCCACGUGCUCAUCACCGCCUGGGGACUGGGACUCAAGGGGACGUUCAACAUUUUUGGUUGGAACGCUGUGACCUGGGGAAACAUUGGUUUCACCGUGAUGCUUUUCGCACUGAGGAGCCUGUACUUCCUUGGAGUUUUCGACAAGAAUGGGGCAAAGAAAGGCAGCAAGAGCAAACAGACGUAG